CUCCCAUGAUGCACUUGUCAAGGGGGUGUAGGAAGCCAUUUUGUUAUGUUUGCUAUGUGGCUAGCGCCACAUCUCCAGCGGUAGCAUAAUGAUGGAUAAUUUGAGAUUGAAUAUAGCUUUUAAUUUGUUUCACACAUGGAAGUCUGAAAUAUAUAACAUUUAAUAUUUGCCUAAUUUUAAUACGGUCCAGGGAGGGACGCAGUGGAUAUACUAAAUUGUCUGUUUCGCUAACUAAACUAGGCUAGCUAACGCGUUAGCUUACUUCAACGAAAUCUAUUUUUCAGUUGUUCGGUUCAUCCAAAAGUUUCUCUUUGAGUUUUAUGGCUUUGGUCUUAGGUAUCUACUUUUGUUCAAGUGAGGGAUCGGACUAAGUGGUGCAUCGUACAUGAAUUAAGAAACAGGGUCAGAGUUGUAUAAUCCAACUUUAGGCUCGUUUGAGUGGACGAGUAGAAGUGCCGCUAACAACUCUUCACAACAACGGCCCUCUGCAUUAAUCUAAUAAUGGCAGAAGACAUCCGACAGGACAAGAAAGCCAACUUCUCCGCUCUGACGGAGCACAACAACAAUGGAGUGACAAAGAUUUCUGGCCUGGCCUCCAACAAAACUGGCGCCUCCAAGAAAUUAGUCAUUAAGAAUUUCAAAGACAGGCCAAAGCUAGCGGACAACUACACUGAGGACACCUGGCUGAAGCUGAGGGAUGCGGUAGGAGCCAUCCAGAACAGCACCUCCAUCAAGUACAACCUGGAGGAACUCUACCAGGCGGUGGAGAACCUGUGUUCCUAUAAAGUCUCCCCAACACUGUACAAGCAGCUCCGUCAGGUCUGUGAGGACCAUGUCCAGGCCCAGAUACAUCAGUUCAGAGAAGAGUCCCUGGACAGCCUGUCUUUCCUGAAGAGGAUGAACCGAUGUUGGCAGGACCACUGCAGACAGACGAUCAUGAUCCGGAGUAUCUUUCUGUUCCUGGAUCGUACCUACGUGCUCCAGAACUCCCUGCUCCCCUCCAUCUGGGAUACCGGGCUGGAACUCUUCCGGAACCACAUCGUGAGCGACGGGGCUGUCCAGAAGCGCACGGUCGACGGGAUCCUGGAACAGAUCGAACGCGAACGCAACGGAGAGACAGUGGACCGCAGCCUUCUCCGCAGCCUACUGGGCAUGCUCUCAGACCUGCAGGUGUAUAAAGACUCAUUUGAGGAGCGUUUUUUGAUGGAGACUGACAGACUGUACGCUGCAGAGGGACAGAGGCUGAUGCAGGAACGAGACGUGCCGGAGUACCUGCAUCAUGUGGCUCGUCGGUUGGAAGAAGAGAACGAUCGUGUCAUAAGCUACCUCGACCAGAGCACUCAGAAGACACUUAUCUCUAAUGUGGAGAAGCAGCUGCUUGGAGAACACAUGACGGCCAUCUUACAGAAAGGUCUCAGUAUUCUGUUAGACGGUAAUCGGGUGAUGGAGCUGGCUCUGCUCUACCAGCUCUUCAGUAAGGUGAAGGGAGGACUCCCCACUCUGCUGCAGCACUGGAGAGACUACAUCAAGAGUUUUGGUGGUGAGAUUGUGGGCACCCCAGAGAAGGAUAAGGACAUGGUUCAAGACCUGUUGGACUUUAAGGAUAAGAUGGACAACGUGGCCCAGGGCUGUUUCAACAGAAACGAGAGCUUCAUCAACGCUAUGAAAGAGGCCUUUGAAGCUUUCAUCAACAACAGACCCAACAAACCUGCUGAACUCAUCGCGAAGUACGUGGACUGUAAGUUGAGGGCGGGCAACAAGGAAGCUACCGAGGAGGAGAUGGAGAGAAUUCUAGACAAGAUCAUGAUCAUCUUCCGCUUCAUCCACGGGAAGGAUGUGUUCGAGGCCUUUUAUAAGAAGGACCUGGCCAAACGCCUGCUGGUGGGGAAGAGUGCCUCCGUGGACGCUGAGAAGUCCAUGCUGUCCAAACUCAAACACGAGUGUGGAGCGGCCUUCACCAGUAAGCUGGAGGGGAUGUUUAAGGACAUGGAGCUCUCCAAAGACGUUAUGAUCCAGUUCAAGCAGUACACCCAGAACCAGAGUGAACCCAGCCAGCUGGAGCUGACGGUCAACAUCCUCACCAUGGGCUACUGGCCCUCCUACACUCCUAUGGAGGUCCACCUGCCCCCUGAGAUGGUGAAGCUCCAGGAGGUAUUCAAGCUGUUCUACCUGGGGAAACACAGUGGCAGGAAGCUCCAGUGGCAGCCCACCCUGGGCCACGCUGUUCUGAAGACUGAGUUUAAAGAGGGUAAGAAGGAGCUGCAGGUGUCUCUGUUCCAGACGUUGGUGCUAUUGAUGUUCAACGAGGGGGAGGAGUUCAGCGUGGAGGAGAUCAAAUCAGCCACUGGCAUAGAGGAGGGUGAGUUGAGGCGUACCCUGCAGUCUCUGGCCUGUGGGAAGGCGCGCGUCCUCAAUAAGAGUCCCCGGGGGAAGGACAUAGAAGACGGAGACCGCUUCAACUUCAACAACGACUUCAGACACAAACUGUUCCGCAUCAAGAUCAACCAGAUUCAGAUGAAGGAAACGGUAGAGGAGCAGGUGAGCACCACAGAGCGUGUGUUGAUGUGUCUGUGUGUCUGUGUGUCUGUGUGUCCAGGUAGAGGAGCAGGUGAGCACCACAGAGCGUGUGUUGAUGUGUCUGUGUGUCUGUGUGUUCAGUUUGAAGAGCAGGUGAGCACCACAGAGCGUGUGUUGAUGUGUCUGUGUGUCCAGGUAGAGGAGCAGGUGAGCACCACAGAGCGUGUGUUGAUGUGUCUGUGUGUUCAGUUUGAAGAGCAGGUGAGCACCACAGAGCGUGUGUUGAUGUGUCUGUGUGUUCAGUUUGAAGAGCAGGUGAGCACCACAGAGCGUGUGUUGAUGUGUCUGUGUGUCCAGGUAGAGGAGCAGGUGAGCACCACAGAGCGUGUGUUGAUGUCUGUGUGUCCAGGUAGAGGAGCAGGUGAGCACCACAGAGCGUGUGUUGAUGUGUCUGUGUGUCUGUGUGUCCAGGUAGAGGAGCAGGUGAGCACCACAGAGCGUGUGUUUCAGGACAGACAGUACCAGAUCGACGCGGCCGUUGUCCGCAUCAUGAAGAUGAGGAAGACCCUGGGCCACAACCUGUUGGUGUCAGAACUAUACAACCAGCUCAAGUUCCCCGUCAAGCCUGGAGACCUGAAGAAGCGGAUUGAGUCGCUGAUUGACAGAGACUACAUGGAGAGAGACAAGGAGAGUCCCAACCAGUACCACUAUGUGGCCUGAGGGGGGCGCCACCUCCAUCCUCCACCCCUCCGGUGCCCUGCCAGUGGGCUCAGCGAGUCAGCAUCAGCUGGCCCUGAUAUAGCCCCAUCUCUCCUUGAACUGCCUCACCGCCCCUCCCCCCCCUGCUUCUGGGGCCAGUCUGGAGGCCAGUGCCAAACCUGGUCCAACACCAGCCCAGCCAACACCACCCUCAUUGGGGGACUCAGAGCAGGCUGGGUCCUGGGGCUGGAGGAGUCUGUCUGGUGGGUGGAAGGCCGGCCGGCACACAUCAUCCGCUGACGACGCUAACAACGAGAACAAUGUAGCACUUUCUCAAAUGUGUUGUUUUGGGAGGGGGGUGGGGUGGGUGGGGUCUGUCCACAUCUAUCUGUCUCAGUUCCACUGUAGUUUAGCUCCUGUUGAUUAUUCAGGUUUUUUCUGUGAGGUAACAUAACAUGUACCAGCCUGGGGUAACACUGGCAGUGUUGUCAGACAGGGAACAGGUUGGGGGGUUCACAUGGAUACCGAUUACAAGGAGUGACGAGGGGAGGGAUGCUUUUGGGUCGGGGGACACUCUCUCCUGUAUUUUGACCAACACUUUCCACGCUCUGAAUUUUGUAGACCAGAUUGUAUUCUUUGUAAGAGAGAGAAAGGAAACAUGAAUAAAUUGAUAUUUAAUGAAGUUAA